AUGGUCGACCCCAGCCAGGAGUGGAAAGUGGUGAAGAUCCAAAGGGUCCUCAUCAACCCCACCAGUGAGCAGAGGAAAGCAGUGGGCUCAGGGCAGCCCCAGCCGGGGCGGGUGCUGGUGCCGGUGCCGCCGGGGACAGGGGACCCGUCCGGUCGGGCGGAGCUGCCGCAACUUUCCUGCCCGCCGCCUCCUCCCCGGUGCAGUCGGGCUGCGAGGGGCGGCGGCGGCACCGGCACCGGCACCGCGGGUCUGUCCCGCAGCGCCAGCCUCUCAGAGAAGGAGCUGAAGGAGGCAAAGGCGCGGAGCCAGAGGAUCGCAGCGCAGCUGACCACAGCGCCUGGGCUCAGCUCCAAGGGCGUCCUGCUCUUCAACCGCCGCAAGCAGCGCGUGGACGGGCUGGCCGGGGCUGGGCAUGGCGGGGGGCUGCUGCUGAGCACCGCACCCCGGCCUCAGCCAGCGGCCAUGCAGGAGGGCGAGGGGCAGGGGAUGAAGCCAGCGCCUGACCAGCCUGGCACCCCGGGAGAGGAGCUGCAGGCAAAUGCCUCCGUGUGCCAGGAGCUGCCCGCCGAAGCACAGCAGGUCCCACUUAGUGUCUACCUGAAAGAGAACAUGGCAUCAGCUGCUACCAAUGGUGUGCGGGAGCGAGCAGCUGAAGGCAUGGAGAGCGUGAUGGGGGGCCCUGGAGACACAGGAGCCCCUGUGGGGCCAAGCACAGCAGCUCUUGUCCUGCCUCAAAGCCCUGAGGGGAAGGACGGCGAGGUGCCCAGUGAGGUGCCCAGUGAGGUGCCCAGUGAGGUGCCCGGUGAGGUGCCCAGUGAGAUGCCCAGUGAGAUGCCCAGCGCUCCAGUGGGGACGGCCACGGGCACGGCAUCACCGGCCGGCACGCAGCAGAACGGGACACAGGGCAGGCAGUACUAUGAGGUCCAUCUCACCUUGGCCAAGCCCAAGCCUGUGAAGAACCGGACGGCCAGACCCUUUGGCACCCAGGCAUCCCGCACCAGUGGGCAGCCCGUGGAGGGCUCCCCCGCCACCGAGCUGCCUCCACCACCCACCUACGCCGAGACCCUGAGCAGCCCCCCACCGCUCACCCGCGUCCGCUCGCCCCCCGCCUACUCGGCCCUGUACCCGCCCCGGGAGCAGAAGGUGCUGCCAGGUCCCACCAUGGUCUGCAGCGUGAGUGGACCGAACCCCCUGCCCAAAACAGGGAUCCUGGAGGAGUCGGCCGCCCGCAGAUCCAGCAAAAAGUCCAUGUUCACUUUUGUUGAGAAGCCGAAGCUGGGCCCCAACCCCGACCUGCUGGACCUGGUGCAGAGCGCUGACAGCAGGAAGAAGCAGAAGGAGCAGGGGGAGCCCAAUGCUGAGGACGAGCCCUUCGCCCUCGGGGCUGAAGCCGCCAACUUCGUCCCCAGCAGCACUGCCAGGGGUGGGCAGCACCUCCCACCAGCAGACGAUGCUCCGGCAUGGUCCUCCUGCCUCAAGUCUCCCACCAUCCAGCCCAAGCCGAAGCCGCAGCCCAGCCACAACCUCAGUGAAGCGAGAGGGAAGGGAGCUGAGCUCUUUGCCCGCCGGCAGUCCAGGAUGGAGAAAUUCAUCAUCGAGGCCCCUUCCCAGCCAGAGUUGCUGCGUUCCCCAUCGCCAACCAUGUCCCUGCCUCCCUCCUGGAAGUAUGAUACCAAUGCUUGCCUGUCACCCAUGGUCUCCAGGCAUCUCUCCAAGAGUCCCUCCAGACCCUUCAAAACUCCCCCAGCAUCUCUGUAUGGAAACAACCUGAUGGAGAACGAGGUCUCCCAGAAGGAGCUGGAGAUCUCCAAGCACCAGCCCUACCAGCUCCAGUCUUCACUCUUCAUCCUCUCCCCAUCCAAAGGGCCAGCAAGGUCCAUGCCCCAAGAGAUGCCUCCACCCAGACCCUCUCUUCCCGACGCCUACCCUUACCUUCAGCAAACCUCCCGCCCGACCUCUCCGUUGCCUCCUUCCCCAGUCUGGCAUCCCCCGGCCGCGCCCAGCGCUGCCCAGGCCGCCUGCAGCCCCUUGCCCUGUGCCGGGGGGGCCGUGCCGCUGAGCGGCGGCGGCCGCGCCUGUCCCGGAGCCCUGGCCGAGGCGCUGCCGGCCUCCCCGUGCCGCCUGCCGGCCCGGCCCAAGGCGGGCUUCCAGGCCCCCCGGCCCUCCUACUCCACCAGGAACGCCGGCAUCGAGCCGCAGGAAAGGCGGCCGUCCCUCCCCGCCUCGCCCACCUGGACGCCCCGGCCGGCGCGGCGCCCGGGCAGCCUCGACGGCUGGGCCAGCCCGGCCUCGGUGCCCGAGCUGGACCAGGGACCGCCCACGUCCCCUCCGUGGAGCGAGCGGUCCGUGUCCCCGCUGCGGCCGGACGCCGACCCGCGGGCCAGCCGGCAGAUGCAAGCGCGGCUCGCCAGGAACAUCAUCAACGCCGCUCGCAGGAAGAGCUCCUCUCCCAGAGCGGGGGCCGCGGAGGGGUGCCGGCCCUUCGCCCCCGCCAGCCCCCCCAGCCUGCCCCAGUCCCCGCGGCCGGGACGGGCCCCGGCCCUGCAGGCCUCCAGCAGCGUGCCGGGGAGCCGGGGCGGCCCCUCGCCCACACACAGAAGCCCGCUGCGGUCGCCCCGGGCCGACGGCCCUCUGUUUUGUCCCUCCCCCGGGACGUCCCGAGCCGCCUGGGCGGAGGGUCGCCGGCUCCUGCUGCCGGCCAGCGUGUCCUCCUGCCCCAUCUCCGGGCUGGCCCCCAGCCCCAAGAGCCCCCUGCCGUCCCCUGUGGUGGGCGGGCGGCCCCUGGCCAAGCGCUGCACCUCCCGGUCCCCGACGGACUCGGACGUCUCCCUCGACUCCGAAGACUCGGGGACCAAGAGCCCGGGCAUCCACAGCUUCAACCUCUGCCCCCGGGGCUGGACCGGCAGCCUGCGGCUGAAGCCAGGGGGUCUGUCCUCGGGGGCUCCCUGCACCUCCUAGACGAGCUGGCCCCAGCCGGGCCACCCUCUCCCCGGCCCCGCCAGCCCCGGCGAUGCCACCCACUGACCCCCCAAUUGGGAACACUCCAACCGUCGG